AUGAGCGGAGAACCUAAAAUCUUCAAGAGUAAUGAUGGCUCUCAAAUCAUCUACGAUACGGUAACCGGUAAAUGGUACUCGCUUCAAUUAAACUCGUCACCAAAUUCAUCUAGCAACUUUACGCAGCUAUCAAUGAAUCAAGAUUCGAGAAAAACAGUUUCAAAAGCAUCUUCUGUACGAACAAAUACACAAGUUACUCAUAAAAACUCAACAGUAAGUAAAACAAGCGUCAAUCAGCACCAAACGAAGCAACAAAAAGAAAGCACGUGGAAAGAUGAUCCAAGUGUACAUACAUUUCAACAUGCGCCGAUAACAAUGUACAACGAAGAACAGAACAAUACUCCGAUUCUAUUAGAACAAAAUGUAACAAAUUUAUUUGGAAUUAAUGAAAAAAGCGAUGAUUCAUACAUGGAUGGUGAAGCUCCACCAGAUCCAACUAAGCGUUCGCUAAACACCAGCGAUGACUUUACAUUAGUAAAAUCAAAUAAAGUACGAAAAAACGAACACGACAAUGAAAUCAAAUGGUCUCCGCUGAAUAAACCAUCAACAACAACUAACGCUGUAGCAGAUAAUCUUGAUAAUCAGCAUGAAAUACCGCUAGAACAUAUUCAGCGUGCGGUCGUGCAUAAUCUACCAUGCUUCUCAAUUAGCUUCUUUAACUCUGCUCAAUUUCCGUCAGCAGUAGCUGCAUCGGAUGCACUGUACGGUCAUUUUGAAAAGAAAAAGGUUCAAUUGUCAAAUAGAUUCUCGGUAGUAAGAUAUAUCGGUCAUCAACUUAAGAUCGGAGUAAACGACAAAGAAGACUAUCUUAAACUCUGCGAUGUCAGGGUAUGGCCAGCAGAAAUUCAAGGUCAAAAAAUAUCAAUAACGAUGCCUAAAUUUACACCUGAUCAAUUCUCGUUGGUCGUUCGUAAUGUCCCUCAAGAAUUCGCAGUUGAGCAUGUAAUGAAGGAAGUCAAGAAAUCUGCAACAUCAGUGGAUAAGUUUCGCAUGAUCGUCUACCCAUACCAACGUGAAACAAAUGACUUUCGAUUCAUCGUCUCAGAUCUGAAAGAAUAUAAUGGAUUAAUAAAUUUGGGUCAUAUCGGUGUAGGAAAUAAACUUUGUUCAAUAACUCCAUAUAGGCCAGCAAACAAGAUGACCUUUUGCAAUAAAUGCUGGCGUGUUGGACACAUUCGUAGUAAAUGUAGCAGCACUGAACAAAAAUGUAGAUUUUGUCUGCAAGAGUACAAGCAAGGUCAUAAUGAAAUAUGCACAAAACAGUACAAGUGUGCUCAGUGUCACCAAGAACACUACUCAUUGAAUGCAAACUGUGAAGUAAUUCGAGAGUAUCGUGCGAACCUAAACAGAGCUGUAAAAAAAGCUACAGCGGAAGGCAAAAUCAAGCUACCACAAGCUGAUACGCAACAAUCGUCAAAAACGCAACAGUUUAAGCCUGCACUUGACUCGUUUCCACCACUUCCUGGUGCAUCGGAACAACAAGUAUAUAAACCAACAGCAUGGAGAACAACUGCCCCGACUCCGACACAAAUUUUUAACCAAACGAGUUCGGUAGACAUUACGAAUCAAGAACUAUACGACAAAAUAUGUUCACACUUGGAUGCAAAGAUGAGCAAAAUCCACGAGCAAAUUGCUGAUCUAGAAUCAAAGACUAAGGAAAACGAAAAAACAGGUUUAGAAACGCGCCAGAAUGUCUCGAAUCUUUUGGAACUCGUAAAACUAGUAAUCACGGACGUCAUUCCUCCGCUGGUGAGAUCGGCCUUUCGUAAAGGCUCCAAAGUGAAAAAAGCAGUAGAAAAAACGACAGCACACAUAAAAGACAAACUCGACGCUCUUUCAGUGAAUAUGGAGAUAGAUGGCAUGUCAACUGGAGAAAUGGACAAAGAAGAUGAUCAAGAACAGGUAGAAAAACCAAUCAGUCUAGAAACUUAA